UCCAUUGCCAAUUCAACUCAACUGUACCCAUCCAUGCCUCUCUGUCAAUAAUUUUGAAGCUGCUGCUUUCACCAGUUUCUUGCUUCCCUUUCUCACCUCCCAUGCACUUUUUAUGUCACUUCACUUUACAUCACAUUCUUUCAUGCAUGAUUUAUUUCCCUUCAAACAACGCAAGUUGAAUUCCUUGCUGCCAAAACUUUGUCGGGUCUUAAUGACUUGUAGGAACUGAACAUGCUUUGUUGUUGUUAACAGAUAAGGUCGGUGUUUUUGACUUUAUAUAUAUUUAUUUGUUUUUUGAAAGUUUAUAGCUGGGUAGAUGAACAAACUCAGACGGACAAAACAAAGUUAUAGGGUUUGAUUUUUCUCAUUUUGUCAUGUACUAAUUGAGUAGAUGAAAGAAGGGUUCGUGUAUUUCUUCCACCUCUUCUCUUGUUUUGUACUUUAGUGUCAAAUUAUUAGAGGUUUCCUUAAUAGGUUGGUUUGAAAAUCUUAGUAGAGGAAUGAAAAAUUAGUUUUGGUUUAGGUAAUAAGAUCUACCAAUAAAGAUUUCAUUUUUAAUGCAAGGUGACAACUUGGUAAUCAGGACUUGGUUUUUUCGAGGGAAGAUUUGAGUAGUUUGGAGUUGUGAGAUCAAAAUCUAUACCAGGAUCAAUGUUGGGCUGAUUUUAGAAUUUGGUAUAGUUGAUGAAAUUUCAAUAUUGAUACCCAUUAGAGUAUACCUUUUCUAUUGGACACAGUUCGAUCUUGCUAAUUUAUUGUUGCUAGAAGAAGAUGGUUGGAAGUAUUAAGACAAUGAAUCAUCACGGUAAUGGAUGGUCUGCUCAAAAUUGUAAUGGCCUAGAAGAGAAGCUUGAUGAGCUUCGAAGCCUUCUAGGCAAGACUGAUGGUGAUCCUCUGAGAAUUGUCGGCGUUGGAGCAGGUGCUUGGGGGAGUGUUUUUGCAGCUUUGCUGCAGGAUAGUUAUGGUCGGUUCCGAGAGAAGGUCCAAAUCAGGAUAUGGAGAAGGCCUGGAAGGGCUGUUGAUAGAGUCACAGCAGAGCAUCUCUUUGAAGUGAUCAAUUCGAGGGAGGAUGUAUUGAGGAGGUUGAUCCGGCGAUGUGCAUAUUUGAAGUACGUUGAGGCCAGGCUAGGCGAUCGGACUCUAUUUGCUGAUGAGAUUUUGAAGGAUGGAUUUUGCUUGAACAUGAUUGAUGUACCACUUUGUCCUUUGAAGGUUGUGACUAAUUUGCAAGAGGCUGUUUGGGAUGCUGAUAUUGUGGUAAAUGCUGUGCCUUCCACAGAGACACGCGAGGUGUUUGAAGAGAUUAGCCAAUAUUGGAAGGAGAGAAUCACAACACCCAUCAUCAUCUCUUUGGCGAAGGGUAUAGAAGCUGCAUUAGAACCUGUUCCCCAUAUAAUCACACCUACACAAAUGAUUAACAGAGCGACUGGAGUACCAACGCAGAAUAUACUUUAUCUUGGUGGACCAAAUAUUGCUUCAGAAAUAUACAACAAGGAAUAUGCUAAUGCUCGAAUAUGUGGAGCUGAUAAGUGGAGAAAGCCUCUGGCUAAAUUUCUAAGGCAGCCCCAUUUCAUUGUGUGGGACAACAGUGACCUUGUCACUCAUGAAGUCAUGGGUGGCCUGAAGAAUGUCUAUGCCAUUGGAGCUGGGAUGGUAGCAGCCCUUACUAAUGAAAGUGCUACCAGCAAGUCAGUCUACUUUGCACAUUGUACAUCAGAGAUGAUAUUUAUUACUCAUCUAUUGGCUGAAGAACCUGAGAAGCUUGCAGGGCCUUUGCUGGCGGACACAUAUGUAACCUUGUUAAAGGGUCGUAAUGCAUGGUAUGGCCAAAUGUUAGCCAAAGGGGAAAUUAGCCGGGAUAUUGGUGAUAACAUCAGUGGGAAAGGAAUGAUUCAGGGUGUUUCGGCAGUUGGAGCAUUCUAUGAACUCCUGAGCCAGUCAAGCUUGAGUGUGUUACAUCCUGAUGAAAAGAAAUCUGUUGCACCUGUUGAACUCUGCCCGAUCUUGAAAACAUUGUAUAAAAUACUGAUAAUAAGGGAGCAAUCAUCACAAGCUAUCCUCCAAGCACUAAGGGAUGAAACACUGAAUGAUCCUCGGGAACGCAUAGAGAUUGCACAAAGCCAUGCUUUCUACAGGCCUUCUCUUCUUGGCCAACCUUUGGCUACUUUGCAUUGCCAAUAAAAGUUAUCAUGAAGGAAUUAAUAGAACAUAUAAAAGAAAUUGUUGAAUGAACCCUCUGAAUAAAAACACAUUGCUGUUAUAAUGUAUUCUGUAUUGUCUUAGUAUUAUGAAAGCUCAAAGCCUUUAAUUA